UUUAGUUCAAAAGCCCAUGUGCUCACAAGCUCCAAUUCCCAUUCUUGUGAAGAGUUUUGUUUAUUUUCAUCAAUGACAUAGCAGGAGGCCGGAACGGAGGAGCCGAGAAGGCAGUGGCAGUGGAGUUCACGACGAUGAAGCCACAGCUGAUGGUGGAAGCACCAAAGGUAGUUGAUGCAGUGCAAUUCUACAAGAUCGCGUUCCACGCUAUCGCUAAUGGCUGUACUCUUUACCCCAAGUGCAAGGCUAAGCAGGAGCUUCAUAUCCUCUCUGUUCAGCUUGAGCUCACUGGCUUUACCAUUCUCGUAUCUGACAUCGCUGAUGACUCUGCUCCGGUGAAAAGUGAGGAAACUGAAUGUGUGCUUUGCACCAAGACUGAGGAUGUGAAAGCUGUUAUAGCCAAAGUCGUGAGCGCUGGAGCCGUUGCAGAGGGCAGCUAUGCAUGCUGUGGUGGACAUGUGGGCAACGACAAGGCUCCCUAUGGAUACAAUUGGCUCAUCUGCUCUCUUGCCAAGAAUGCUGCUAACGUCCCUACACUAUUGGGAUCUGGUUCCUUUUCGCUUUUGAAUUUUGAAAAGAGUAUAGAAAAUAGGCAGGGGAAGCCUAUACCUGCCUAUCUGCGUUGGCCUCAAAUGCAAGCUGAUCAAGUUCGGGGGCUAAGUAUAAGGGAAAUUAAUGGGAGGUUUUGGAAGCAUCACCGAUCUCCUUUAUGUAGUGGGGUUGUCGGCAUUGCUUUUGAGAAUAUUGAUGUAAGGUUUGCAACAGAGAUGAUUGAAGUGAUGAGGUACGUGUUUCACCGGAUUCUGACAGGGUGA